UUUCAAGUUACUUGAUCCACCAAUAGCUGACAGUGAAUCAACACCAAAAGUGACAAGCACAAGUGCUAAUGGUCUAAGUAGAAUGUCAAAAGGCCCAAUCAUGUUUUCAAUAGUCUAAUAUCUUCUUGGACUUGACCCUGAACUUCGAUCAUGGUGCAGUAUUUCCUAGCCGUUUACCUCCUCCUUCUGUGCUCCAAAUUUAAUGGCAUUGUGGGGAACGAAUUUGGCUUCUACAUUGAACAUGAUGGAAGCGACACUGCCACGGAUUUCUCAAAUGAAUGGAUCAUUCGAGUUGAUGGAAACGAAGAUUCUGCGAAUCUCUUGGCUCUCAACAAGAUACGCGUUCACGCUCGAGUCUACCCUCAAUCAAUUUGAAUGUUUUACCCGUAUUCGACAUGGGAAUCACGGGCAAAGGAAUUCGAGUGUGCGUGUUGGACGACGGUUUGGAGCACACUCACGACGAUCUACGGUUAAACUACGACCCAGAUAUUAGUUAUGAUUACAACAGUGGCUCCAAAGGUGAUCCUGAUCCAACGCCAAAAUAUCCGAGUGAUCCCAAUGGAGUGCCCAACUCACAUGGAACUCGAUGUGCUGGAGAAAUUUCGAUGACAGCUAAUAACAGAAAAUGUGGCGUAGGAAUGGCAUAUAACUCGAAAAUUGGAGGCAUCCGCAUGUUGGAUGGCAAAAUCAACGAUCAAAUUGAAGGCCUGUCAUUGCAACAUGCUUAUGAUAAGGUUGAUAUUUUCACCGCGAGUUGGGGACCAAGUGAUGAUGGAAAAACUGUAGAAGCCCCCGGACAUUUAGCACAAGCGGCUUUAUACAAGGGAGUUACAAAGGGACGGAAAGGGCGAGGAAUAAUUUACGUUUGGGCCGCAGGAAACGGUGGAAUGCAUGAUGAUAAUUGCAAUUGUGAUGGAUACACUUCCAGUAUUUAUACGAUUUCUAUCGGAAGUGCGAGUGAGCAAGGUCAGUUUCCAUGGUAUGGAGAAAAAUGCUCUAGUACAAUGGCAUCCACGUAUUCGAGUGGAGCAUACACAGACCAAAAAAUUGCUACCACGGAUACCAACAACACUUGCACAGUUGGUCACACCGGAACUUCAGCCGCAGCGCCCCUGGCGGCUGGAAUUAUUGCUUUAGCACUGGAAGCAAACCCUACAUUAACUUGGAGAGAUGUUCAACAUUUGGUAGUGCUCACCUCCUCAACCAAAGUUUUGGAAGAAAACCAAGGAUGGCAAGUGAAUGGUGCCGGACUGAAAUACAACUCCAGGUUCGGAUUUGGUGUCAUGGAUGCAUAUCAAUUUGUUCGAACCGCCAUGAACUGGACUUUGGUGCCUGAGGCAGUGAGUCAAGAUUUUGAUUGCUUACCCAUGACAAGCCAAAAUCUUGAAACAAACCACCCAAUAGAGAUCACCUUCGAAGUCCCAGAGAGUGCCCAAGUCCGAUUCCUGGAGCAUGUUGAGGUAUCAUUGAGCAUCCAAUACCCGGUUAGAGGAGUUCUGCAAAUUGCCUUAAUCUCUCCGUCUGGAAGUAUAAGUCAAUUGCUUACUUUGAGACCCGAGGACAAAUCUGAUGCUGGUUUCAAAAAGUGGAAGUUCAUGUCCGUACACUUUUGGGGUGAAAACCCGUGGGGUUCUUGGAAGUUGUACAUCGUGGAUAAGGUGUCAAAAGAAGCUUUAUCGGGGACGGUUUCCAAACCCAAGCUCCGCCUUUACGGUUCCAAAUCGGCACCCUUGGCCAUGAACGAUCUGGAAAGAAGUCCAAGGACACGGAAAAUGGAGACUUUAAACCGGUCUAAGAAGAGGAAGGAAAUACCAAUAUUUAUUAAUGAUAUUUUCAAGGACGAUGACGACACCAAUAAAAACGGUGAAGAAUCAUGAUAAUGAAGGACAAACACGGGCAUGAUAAAACAUGCAUACAGACUGAUAUCCCACUAUUGAACUGCAAAUACAUUGUGCUUUAUAUUUUGCUA